AUGACUACCAAGGCACAUGAUAAAGUAGGUAUGACCAAUUCUGAGCUGUCAAGGUUGUAUACUCCAGCAGCACAGAGCAGGAGACCUGAUUACGGUAUCGUCCCUCCAGAGAUUGGGUACGCAGAUCAUCGCAAAUCUACAUUUAGUCAUGGUCUCCAGGCGUACAGAAAUAGCUUAACCAGUGCUCCCCAAGACUUCAUGGUCAGUUGUACCGACACAGCCGAUGCCUAG